UUGAAACAGAAAAGAAAUUGUAACCUUUGCAACUUAAAAGCUUCAACCCCUAAGAGGUACUUGCUUAGAGCAUAGAAGAACACACAAACUGAGUACUGCAUCUGCACUGCAUUAUGUAAAGAUUGCAUUUUUGCUCCAACAAGACCAACCCAUUUAUCAAUUAUGGAUUAUGAAAGGAUCCAAAAGCCUCAGGGUGGUGGGGGAUUUUCACCUGGAAAAUUGAGGAGUAUGCUAUUGGGUGUGGAGAAGAAGAGGAAAGAAGAGGAAGAGAUUGGUUCUACUUUCAACACGAGAUCUCAAAUUUCAGACAUGGAUGAAUGUGGUGGUAGCAGUUCUGAUCAUUGUAAAGAUGUAGAUGUUGUGAGUGUCCUUCCUGAUUAUUCAACUUCAGCUACAGCUCGCACCUUUAGCAUAGAGGCAGUUGGUGGUGAUCGUAUUCUGAAGGCUAACACAGCAGUGACUUCAGGGCAUAGAACCCUAGAAGACCCUUCUUUAGAUUAUGAUAGUGGCAAUGAUAAUAUAAGCAUGUCCUCAUCAAUGUUUGAAUUUCAAAAGUCUGAGCGUGCUUCACAGAGAGUGCCUAUGGGGCCAUUCUCAAAACCAGCACCAUCUAAAUGGGAUGAUGCUCAGAAGUGGAUAGCAAGUCCAACAUCCAACAGGCCAAAGAUAGCACAGACACAGGGGCAAGGUGGACAAGUAGGACUGCGUAAGGGUGGCAGUCUUGGUUAUGGAAGCCGACAAUCUUCAAUGAAGGUUGUUGUUGAAGUUCCAGAUCAAAGAGAAAUUGCUUUAGAUGAACCAGAUACAAAGCAAAUCGAUACAAAUCAAACGAAGAUGGAAAGUGGAGGACAGAAGUGUGUGGGUUGGGAGGCUGACCCAUAUGCAAUUGCAAAUUCUUAUGUUAGUCUCAGUCAGCAUAAUUCAUCCAUUGCCAUCCAGAGUGCAACAACAUUUGUUCCUCCCCCUUCAACAGCUCGGUCUGUAUCAAUGAGAGAUAUGGGUACAGAAAUGACCCCUAUUGCUAGCCAGGAGCCAUCAAGAACUGCUACACCAGUGAGGGCAACAACACCAAUGCGCAGCCCUAACUCUUCCCAGCCAUCUACUCCCACCAGAGCUUCCCCAGUGUCAAUUUUAACUGAUCCACCUAGGGACAAUCUGCAUCUUAACAAGAAUGAAUUGUCUGAAAAGGAGCUACAAAUGAAAACCAGGCGAGAAAUAAUGGUCCUUGGGACACAACUAGGUAAAAUGAACAUUGCUGCCUGGGCUAGCAAAGAAGAAGAGGAUAAGGUUGCAUCUACUUCAUUGAAAAAUAAAACAGCUGAACAGCCAGCUAAGAGUGUCAUUGAAGCACGUGCAGCAGCAUGGGAGGAGGCUGAGAAGGCUAAGUAUAUGGCCAGGUUUAGGCGUGAGGAGAUGAAAAUUCAGGCAUGGGAAAAUCAUCAGAAAGCAAAAACAGAAGCAAAGAUUAAAAAAAUUGAGGUAGAGGUUGAAAGAAUACGGAGCAAGGCACAUGAUAAGCUUAUGAAUAAGUUAGCAGCUGCAAGGCACAAGGCUGAGGAAAAGCGAGCAGCAGCAGAAGCAAAUAGAAAUCAUCAAGCUGCGAAAACUGAAGAGCAAGCAGCGUAUAUACGAAGAACUGGUCAUGUCCCUUCCUCAUAUUUAUCAUUUUCUUGCUGCAGUUGGUGCUCUUGAACAAAGGCUGUCCUUGUCAUUUGUCAAUGUUUUAUUCUUUUUAUAGGUAUCCAAUGGCAUUUGUUGUUGUAUUUCCUUUGCGGUGUAAAAUGAUUACAGUGUUCUUGCAGAAUAAUUGCAAUUUAGAAGAUCUGUGUUAUUUGUCCAGUACUCCAGUCUUUAUAGGAGCUGGACAUUUGUCUCAUAAUAGUCUUGUGACUU